ACAAGCAUGGGCUAUCUGUUUCGAAAGUUGUUAUAAAAUGAAACAAAUGAUGGCUCAUGGAUUGGACUCUGCAUUAAAAAUUAUCUUAGAUACUGACAACCUCUGCAUCCAUUCUGAUGGCAGUGUGUCCUUCACUUUACAACAUAACAUUGUUGACAGAACGGUUAGGAAAGCUGAUAUAUGAAGUCCUGGACUGGGGGAUUGAGUCCUAUGGAGAGAGAGCUGAGCGAGUCCCUGGAGAAGCUAAUAUCUCUUAUGCUCAACUAAGCACAGAGACCACAAAAUCAUCAGUCACUUUCCAGGAUGUCAUCAAGUAUUUGGGAAGAAUGGAUGUGAAAGACUGUUCUGCAAGACAGAAGGCUGAUGACCAGGCUAGGUUGUGGCAGGAUAUACUUGGUGACUUGCAGAAGGGUGUGAGGCUGCAUAAGGUGAUGGAGCAACCACAGCGUAGGAUUUUUAUUGAAGGGAGUACCCACUCGUCUUACAGCACUGUGGUGGAUGAUAUUAAAAAUAAGCUCUACACCCUCCAAAAACUUUCAUAGAAUAGUAGAGUUGGAAGGGGCCUAUAAGGCCAUGGAGUCCAAGCCCCUGCUCAAUGC